AGUUCACUCCUGUGUCCCAGAAAAUUUCCCUCCCCGAAUGAUCCUGAUAUAGAGAUGGCCGUUGAUCGGUUCUUUUUUGAAUUCAAUAUAUAUAAGAAGCACGAUGUGUGUUGGUAUCUAUUGCGUAGCAGGAUCGAUGAUGGAUUAAGAUGAGAUCUUUUGUACCGGUAGCCCUUGUUUGUGUUUGACGUAAAAAUAUGUUUCGCCUUUUUAGCAGUACAACACAAUUCCCUUCCACCUUAUAAGACUUUUUUAUGACCGCGCAAUAUCUUCUGGUUUCGUGAAGGUUUUUGGCUGAUUGCUGCUUUUGGUGCUGGAUUAAAUGAUUACUCCAUAUCCUUAUCCAUUGCCAUUCUACAUAAAAGCAUAAGAUGAAGAUCCGCAAAUCUCGUGUGCGCUUAGAUCGUGCAGCGCAAGACCGGGUUUUAUACCUUGUUGCUGCUCGCAGAAGCGCUCGCGGAGAAUAUGUGCCGACUGGUGAGAAAAAAGGUGAAAAAAGAGUUCCAACUCCUAAAGAAGAUGAUGGAGAACGAGAUCGAGACGACGAAGGAAAAGGAAAGUUGACAAAGAAGGAGAAAAAGGCACGAGCAAAAGAUUCUGAAAGAAGGGCACGACGGUUGUUGAGGUUGUUACAUAUGGAAGCAGAAAGAUGGGCUAUGGACGUGGCGAAGAAACGGACUGUUGAGGCUGUUGCUGUGGUCGAGGAUAGUGCUAGUGGUCUAAUAAAACCUAGUGGGGGUGGAGCGUCGUCUUCAUCUGCUGAUAUUCUAUAUGGUGGAGGUGGUCCCCGAAGUCGUGAGCCAGACGUUUCUGCGGAACCAAAGCGACUUGAAAAAAAUACUUUGUUCUAAGGGUUCCCACAUUACAUCCUUCACUAACAUCCCUGACUCUUUUUCCGGUAGGAAAUGAGUCAGGGAUGUUCUCAGGAAUGUAAUUGCGUAACCUCUAAUUGUUCGCGACUCUGAACGUCAAGCCUACUGUCAGGCUCAAAUUAGUUAAUGGGGAGAAAUCAAGUGCGAGUUCAAAAUCCAUCGUUUACCAGCGAGCCGACGGAGCGACUGCUUUGUUGGAGUUGGCACGAGCAAAGUUGUCUGCAAAGGGGUUGAAGUUGGGUCGCGCACUUUUGCCUGGUGGAGCCUCAGCUUUACUCACCGAUGACGAGUUGCUGACGGUGCCGGAUGAUACCUCAAUCGAAUUUUUCAAGUCUGACAGUAAGGAGCAGGCGAAUGAUAAAAGCAAAAGCGGUAAGCCGAUCAAAAGAGCAGAUGCUGACGAAGCAGAUGCUGACCAAAAGAGCAGCUGUGGCACUUCUGGUAAGAAGCUGCCGAAAGAGAAAGAGACAUCCUCUACUUCCUCAAGUAAAAAAGACGGAGCAAUUGGAACAGCACCUAGAAGCGACACCACGAAGGCUGCUGACGACGAUGAUAAUUCAUCAUCUGAUGAGGAAGAUGCUGCACUUUUCACAGAGCUAGAGUUUUUGAUAAAGCGCGAUCGGCAAUUACGAGGAAAAGAAUUCUCCUUGGCGCAGAAUGGGGAGCAAGGAGAAGCUGCUGGCGUGGUGUCAGAAGUUGUAGGUCAAGAUGACCCAGACGAAAAUGAUGCUUAUUCAUACAGGUCUGAGUCAUCUACCACUACUGCUGCGUCAGAGCGUCUUGGCAGAGCCUUAUUCAAACGACAGAGGCAGUUAGAUGCGUGGCGUCGCGGUUCUUCUAGUUUAGUGAUCCCAGAAGAAGAUCAAGAUCCUUCAAGCCAAGAAUUACAAGGAUACUCAACCCCUCUGCAGCCAGCCCGCGUGGAAGUCUUGCCUGCUCAUGCCAAACGAAAGGAGAUUCUCGACGCAGUCAGGGGGAAUCAAGUAUCUUUGGUCGUUGGCGCCACAGGGUCCGGAAAAACGACACAAACGCCGCAGUUUAUACUCGAAGAUGCCUGUAGUACUGUCAGUGUCACUCAGCAAGAUGAAGCUCUUCACCAUGUUCAUCAAGAAGCCUGUUAUAGAAAAGCGGGUGAAACUUUCAUAGUAUGCUGCCAGCCACGUCGCAUUGCUGCCAUUGGCGUGGCUGAGCGGGUUGCGUCAGAACGAGGCGAACAUUGUGGGGAAUAUGUCGGUUACGCAGUCCGUGGCGACGUCAAGUGGAAUCGGAAGAAGACACGCAUUCUAUUCUGCACUACAGGCGUUUUGCUCAAUAUGUUCUUGCAUGAACAAGGACAAGGAACAUCUUCAAACGCAGACAGUAGUACGCAGGGCGAAGCAGGAGGUGGUCCACCAGCUGGCCUCAGUAGAGUCACUCAUCUUCUUCUAGAUGAAGUGCACGAAAGAAGCCUCCACAUCGACUUCUUGCUAACUCUAUUGAAGAAUCGAGUGCUCACGCAGUAUCCGAGGUUGAAGGUGGUGCUCAUGAGCGCGACAGUAGAUAGCCAGUUGUUUGUCAACUACUUUAAGUCUUCUAUCUCGGGUUAUAGAACAGGUACAACUAGUGCGUCAAGAACUUCUUCAAAAAUAAAGGACAACAUUUUUGUUCCUAGCAGAAAUAGUAGUUCUUCUAGAAGUAGAGAAGAUGCGCAAGGGGAACAAGAAAAGAACGUUGACGUGCCAGUCGUCUCUAUAGAAGGUCGGACUUUCCCAGUCCAGACAUUGUGGCCUGACCAAGUCAAGGUCGCUCUGAGAGAAGCCGACUUAGAUUUGAUCGAAGGCGAAGAUUCUAAGAUUCUUAUAGUAGAAGGUGAGGACAAAAACACAAAGACUAGGUCGGGAGAUCGUAAGCUUGCGAGACAUCUUUUAGAAGAUUCCUCUACGACUCUGAAGUCAAGGUUGUCUAGUACAGCACCGGAAUUUGCUCCAGCGAACCGUAGUCCUAGUACCUUGACAACUACAACGACAGCUGGCACAUCAUCUAGUAGUUCCUCUGCCAGCAGUGCCAGAAAGAAAUCCACAUCAGCGGUCAUGUCUCCAGUGAUGGAAACUGACUGGUCGAAGGGGAAUGGCGUUGAGCAAAUAGGCAAGAUCGUCAAUUGCAUCGUCAUGUCUUAUCUGCGAAAUAGUGCCGGAAAAAAGAAGAAGAGUGGUACUAGUAAAGAAGCAACCGUUCUUGGUAGCAGUCACGAAAACAAGCAUCCAGGCAUCUUGAUUUUUCUUCCCGGGGCAAAGGAAAUUGAUUGUGUGAUCGAAUACCUGUCGGAACAAAGCAGGUUUGGGCACCUCGGUCUAGACGUCUUCCCCUUACAUGGACAACUGCCAUCAACAGCGCAGAGGCGGAUUUUCGAAAAGCAGAAGUGGAGGUCUGGCGGAGUUGGAGACAUCACCGAUCAUAUGCAGCUCCAUGCUCCAAAGAUCCGCGUAAUCGUGGCUACCAACAUCGCGGAAACGAGCAUUACCGUUCCUGACAUCACCGACGUGAUCGAUUCUGGUCUAUUGAAUGAAUCCCGGUACUGUUUUGAACGCAAAAUGCGUUCUCUCACCACUGUUUUUGUUUCCCACGCUAUGGCGAAGCAACGCCAAGGACGCGCUGGCCGUGUUUGUGCAGGUCGUUGCUGGCGCCUCUACGACCGCUCAUUCUAUGAGGAACAACUGCCCUCUCACAGCACGCCAGAAAUGCAGAGAACCGCGUUGGAGGAGUUGGUGUUGUUUCUGGCCCUGCAGUUGCCCUCUUCUUCGUCAUCUUCUGGCAAUUCUGGUAGUAUGAAGAAUCGUAAAGGAGCUGCUUCACUUUCAGAGUCCUUCGAACUGCUGAAAAUUGCCGAUAUACCAGACUUUUUGCGAUGUGCGCCCCAGCCGCCCGAUCUAGCAGCGAUUUAUGCCGCACAGCAACAAUUGAUUGAGCUAGGAGCACUCAUUGUACAUCGAAGCCAGGAACAGGUUUUGUCUACUACAGCUGCAACUUCCACCAGUGGUAAGGCAUCGACACCAAAAAACGCAUCCACGAAUGCUUCCAGUGUUUCGUAUAUUUUCCUGACGCCACUUGGCUUUGCCCUGGGUCGAUUACCCCUUGAGCCGCAACUCGGAAAACUACUGCUCACAGGCCAUGUCCUAGGCGCAACAGAGUCCUGCCUUACAAUCGGCGCUGCGCUCAGUCUAGGGAAGUCGCCGUUCCUGAAACCUACUUUGGCCGGUGGCGAACAACAGGGCAAUGCGAUAAAGGCCGCGAGAGCCGAGCACUUUGGGGAAGCGGCCACUGGAGAACAUAGUGAUCAUCUAGCUUUGUGUGCGUGUUACGAUGCAUGGGCUGCACUUGGGGAAACCGGUGAAUAUUGGGAACAGGGUGGAACAAGUUAUUAUCAGCCGUACAAAUACAAUCCAGCUCAAAGUUACGGCUACCGCUUAAGCAUCCUCCGCAUCACUCCUGGCGCUUUUUCUACUUGAAAAAGAAGCCAGGAAUGCUCUCGGGGAUGGGAGCGUUGAUGUAGCUUUAACAAAGGCAGUUUUGUUCUGAAUACCUCCUCGCCAACAGCACAAUGGAGCAAAUUCAGAGCUUACGUGAGCAGCUCAGAAAUCAUCUGAAAAAAUGCUUUCGAGGACUCUCAAGCUCCCCCUGCGUUGCUGACAAUCACAAAUUCAAAAACACCAUGACCCUCUGUGCAUUGACAGCAGCGUUCUUUCCGCAAGUAGCACAGAUUCAAAGAGACACGUGGAAAAAGGGAAAGGGAAAGGGCAAACAAGCGAAGGUCAACAUUGUGCCGUUGGAUUUGACUGGAGAUAUGGUGCCAUUUAACCAACAGCCCAACAUGAGUGCUGGGAGUAAGGGAAAGUCUUGUGAUAGUACCAAGGAUACCGGAAAAGGCAAGGGAAAAGACUCGAUAAACCUCUAUGCCGGCAGUUGCUGGGUGCAUCCAAGUUCUUUCAACUACAAGAUUCUGAAGGAGAUGCAAGCAAAUCACAGCUGGCUGUUGUACUACAAGAUGAUGCACACUAGCGCACUCUACUUGUUUGACACGACGGCGGUGAAUUCUUUGGUGUUGCUCUUGUUCGCGCCAGAGAGCGCCUUCCGCUUAGCUACUGGAGUGCAGACGGAGCAGCGAAUGUCUGGAGUGCAGAAGAAAAAUAUUAUGGGAAAUAAUACUGCUCACUACAUGAACAUGAUCAUUUACAUUUUAUGACGUAAUUACAUGGUCUAGUUGUAUUGAAUAAACGCGUCAGCGUCAGCCCGUACCUAAACUAGGGAGAUCAAUCCUUGGUCGUUAGUUCUUCACCGAACAUGUAGUAGUACUACGAGCCUAUAAUUACAGCUUUCAUCUCUAAAAAUGAAAAGGAAUCCAUCGGCUCCUCCAAACUCGGCAACAAAGUCUUCCUCGCUGAUGGCCGGUGCGAGUUUGGAUGUAGCGAUGUGGAAACGGUGGUCCUGAUCAGGGCGUUGAAGAGAGAAAUCGAAACGCUCUUUGUGGAGAAUCUAGAAGAAGAUCGGUCUGCUGGUGCAUCUGAAAGAAGCAAAACGACAGCUGCAGUGCAGGAAGCAGUGUACGACUUGAUUCGCUUGACAGAGGAUGACCAAGAAGAUGAGGAAGACUGA